UAAUAAAUAAUAAUAUAUCCAACAUAGAUUAUUGUAAAAUUGACAAUGUGGCGAUUGUGUUGCUUGCUGCUAUUCCUGACUUCUGGAUAUUUUCUGCUUACCAACGGUCAGCCGAAGAACAUCUCACAGAAUGUGGGCAUUACUUUAAGCGCACCUUCUCUACAAGUACCCGCAGCCAUUGUCUUUGGAAAUCCGCGUCCCUCGUAUUUUAGUCGAAAACGACUGCGGCUGAGGGACUACGAGUAUAAAAAGGAUAAGCGCAAAAGGCAAAGGAAGCGUCCACAUGCCUCAACUAAAACAACAAUUAAAAAAUCUGUUAAGCAACAAAUAUUAAAUCAAGUGAAUGCACUUAAAGUGGAGACCCCCAAAAGUAUGCAACAAAAAUAACAAAUGACAGAAAAAUGAAGUCAACUUCGAGCUGGCAAAUACUUAUUACAAAUACUAAUUCCAAAACAGAAAAUGAAUACUUACCUAGUAGUCACGCAUAGUAGUAACUAUGCGGCAAACAAACAUAUAUAUAUAAAAUAAUUAUAACAACAAUAACACACCCCCAAAAGCAUAGUUCAAAAUCUGUGUAGGCUCAACUGUACACAGUCCGCGCCGAAGGAUGCCUGCCACGUGGCGUUAACGCAAAAUCAACAAAAUCUGUUGUAGUAUGUAUGUAUAUAAAUAUAAACAGCUCGAGACAUCAGAUUUUUAAUCAGCAAGGGGCAUAAUGGAAAAAGUGGGGAAAACCUUCAACGAUAAUCAUCACAAUAAUCGCGCACGUGAUGCCAAAUUAUGACUUUCAUUUUGUGCGAAUAUUGUGCUGGUAAAUUUGCAUAUUGCCAACGAAUCCCGGUUGCUGGCACUUGAGUUGUUCAAUAUUUAUUAAAAAAUUAGCAACAAGCUGUUGAAAUGAGUGGGAAACCAUUUGCAACUGGUGGUGGCUUUAAGGAUGCGAAUGCAAAUCCUGAUGUCGCCUUCAAAUUCGCUUCCUUCCGUUUAUCUCAUUUGUGAUUGUGUGCAAAUUAUGAAUUUUCCCUUACAAUUAUACAGACUGUACAAUGUGGCAAGUCGAUUUAUAUUUAUAUUUAUUUGAUUGAAAUUAAAUUGCUGACAACGUGAACCCAAACGGACCGGAAGUAAAGCUAAGAACGUGUCUACUCUGAAAUUUACACAGAAGGUGCAGAGUCAGAAAUGGGAUUUUUGUGGCACUGGGUCAGUGCCGCAGGGCAAAUGUUAAUGUCAACAACAAUCCACGCUGUAAAAAGAAUAUUUAAUUCCAAUUUGGUGGCCCACAAAAUAACACACAAAUUUGCAUUUGAAAAACUAAUUAUAAACACUUUGUAACAGUU